AUGUCAAAUUCAGAUGUAAAUAAUUCUCGUUUAACAUCAAUGAAUACUAAUUCUUCAUCUUCAUCAAUAAUUAAUUCAACACCAACGUCACCAUCAACCAGUUCAAUAUGUUCUACUUCAACAUCAUCUUUAUCAAUAACACCAAGAAGAAUUGUUAAAGCUAAGCGUAGCUUAGUAUGGAGAUAUUUCAAGGAUAUGAAAGAUGAUGUGUUAAAUGUUGAAUGUGUUUUAUGUUCAAGUGUUAUUACUCGUAAAUCAACAUCAACGUCCAAUUUAUUACAUCACAUACAAACACAACACAAUGUCGAGUAUCAACAUUUGAAUAAAGUUAUGAAAUCACAAACUCAAACUUCUGAUUCAACAACAAGAUUACCAUUAACAAGUGAUCGAUCUAUUCAUUUAACUAAAUUAAUUGCUGAUUUAAUCAUUUACAACUUUCUUCCUUUAUCAAUAGUUGAAAGUCCUCAUCUGCAAGCAAUUCUUGCAGAAACUGAACCAUCAUAUAUAAUUCCUAGACGAAAAUAUUUUACUAAUAAUGUUUUACAAGAAAUGUAUAAUGAAGUUCAACAGAAAGCUUAUGAAGAAUUACAACAAGCACCUGGUAUUUGUUUAACAACUGAUAUUUGGACUUCUCAAGCUAAUCAAGCUUAUAUGACAAUUACAGCACAUUUUAUUGAAAAUCGUACAGCUGAACGUAUUGUAGAACGUUUAGAAAGUAUUUGUGAUAAAUGGUCAAUUAGUGAUAAAAUUAUUUGUUUAGUAUCUGAUACUUGUCCUACUAUGAGAAAAGUAGGAGUUGAAUUUGGAAAAGGAUGGAUUGGAUGCACUGAUUAUCUUGUUAAUUUAUCUGUUAAUGAUAUCAUUCGAAAACAAGAUGAAGUAAUAAAUAUGCUUUCUACAAUUCGAUACAUUGUUACGUAUACAAGAGACAGUCAUUUAGCAAAUGAAAUGUUAAAUAAAUAUCAACGAUCAUUUGGUUUUAUUGAACGUCAAUUGAUUUUCGAUGUUAUUACUCGAUGGAAUAGUACUUUAUAUAUGCUCCAAAGGUUUAUUGAAGAAAAAAUUUGUGUAGCAGCAUGUCUAAAUGAAAAAUUGUUUCAAAAACAUUUUACCAAUGCUAAAGUGUCGAAGGUGAUAGACUGGGAUGUGUUGGAACAAUUAAUGGUUAUAUUAGAACCUUUUGAAGCAGCUACACGAAAACUUGCAUCUGAUUCAUCACCAACAUUAUCAAUUGUUUUACCUGUUGUUACAACUUUAAUUACAAGUCUUGAAGAUCGAUCUACUGAUUCUUCUUUCAUAAAGAAAAUUAAAGAUGCUUUUCGUGGUAGUAUUCAGGAACGAUUUAAAGAAAUCUACGAAAAUAAAUUAGUAUUAUUGGAUCCUCGUUGGAAAGAUUUUACAUUUCUUCAACGUCCAUCUUAUCAGAAUCAUGUUGAAACAUUAUCAUUAUUAAAUAAGCUUCAGGCAUUUGAAGCGAAGCAACUUGCAUAUUUAUAUUUACAAGAACAAUAUAAUAGUUUACUUGGAAACAACUUAGCUGUACCACCAGUUAAUACUCAACAGAAUGAAGAAAAAGAAAAAGAAUUCGAUUUAUUUGACAUAAUGAUAACAAAUCGAAACAAUACAUCAUCUAAUAAUCGAGAUUCUGAAUUGUUGAUAUAUGAAAAUGAACGAGAAAUACAUCGAAAUGAAAGUCCUCUUGAAUGGUGGUAUGCUAAUCAAACAAAAUAUCCUAUAUUAUCACAAUUAGCUGAUAAAUAUUUGUGUAUAUCAGGAACAAGUGUACCUUCAGAGAGAAUGUUCUCAGCAACAGGUCAUUUAACUUCAGAUAGGCGCUCAAGAUUAACACCUGAGAAUGCUGAUAUUUUGUUGUUUUUGAAUAAAAACAGAUAAAAAAUUUUGUUUAUUAAAUGAUAUAUAUGUUGCAGGACAGAUUGAAAUUCAGUUCAGAUUAAAAUCAUUUUGAUCUGUCCUAGUUCAUUUUAAAAUAAUUUUAAUCUCCAGUAGGAAAAUUUCAAAGUGUACUAGUUCAGAUCGCAAUAAUUUUAAUCUGAACUGAAUUUCAAUCUGUCCUGCAACAUAUAUAUUUAUAUAAGUAUUUAUAUUUUUUGUUCUUCUUUUAUAUUGUUCUGCUAUUUGGACUUGUUUAAAUAAAUUUAUGAAAUUAUAAAUAUAUAGUUAUACUCUCAAGAUAUACAAGAUACCUAAUUACUAUCAUUUUUGGUUAUGUGAUAAGUUCAAAACAUAUUACAUCUCAAACUACAUUGUAUAAUCGUUUAUUUCCUUUUGCUUUCAUACUCGAUAUGUAUCAUAACGCGUGAGAAACGUCUUACGUUCAUUACGGCGUUAUUUAUAAGAAUUCUUUUACAUUCUGCCGUUUCUUUUACGUCUAUAUACGUCUAUAUCACGACUAUUCUUUUUUUUUCUGUCACGACUUAUGACGAAAUGAAAAUGAAGGUAUACCGCUUCUUACGUCUUACGGCCCAUCACUAUUGUCCACCAAAUACAAAAACGUAAGACAAAGCAUUAAAAAUGCUUCGUCUGUUACCAACUUUUACAUACAUAUGUAAACUUAUCAAGUAUUUGAUUGGACAUGUGUUUAUGACUUUUACAUCAUUCUAAUUUUUCCUUUAAUAUUUAUAUUGUAUCGAAAGAAAGACCCAGUAAUAUACAUGAAGAGCACUUGUACAUGUAUAUGUUAACUACUGUAUGAGCAUCUAUGUAAAGCGAUCAAGUGACAUAUGUCUAUGCCCCCUUGUAAUUUUACACAGAGGAAUGUAUUCCCAGCUGUUACAUUAACAUUUCAACUAACUACAGUCUUUUUCAUUAAGUUGUUCUCAAGUUUCAUUCGACGAUUUCUUCAAAUGAUGGUUUAAGAAUAAGGUAUAUCCUUUUCAUGAACGAAUAAUCAAGAUUUUUAGUCUUUUACACUUUUUCUACGAACGAAGUACAAUAUUCUUAGCUUUUAUUCAGAAUGAAUUUUUAUCUCAAGAUAAUUGUAUAUUUAUCAUUGUCUUCAUUAUUCAUUCAUUAUUAUAUCUAUUUAUAGUCGAGCGAUCACUGAAACAUUAUUUUUUCUUUUCUUUCUGUUUUAAUGUUCUGUUUUCUCUAUAUCUAAAUUAUCUGAUUAGUUUAUUCCAAUUGGUCGAUGAUAAUGUUUGUCUUCAAACAAAGAACAUUAAUCGAGAAGGAAGAAGAAAAUAAACUCGAUUUAUUUAAAACGGAUAUGAUCUAGUAGUAACAUAUUACCCGUCUCUUUACUUAAUACAACUCAUAGCAUGUUAAACGUAGAAACGAAAAAGUAGAAUAAAAAAAUCUACUCUCUGAUUUUUGAGUAAUUUAGACGUUUGAGAAAUUUUCUUUCGAAUAAAUUAUUUGUGUGAUUUACUAGUGCGGUCUCUCUCUUCUUUCAUAAAUCUCCGAGUUAAAUGAACACGACUUCAAGUUUUUUCAAUUUAUUCGGAAUAGCAUUGAGAAUUAGAUAUCAUAAUUAAAUUUUAUGUUGAUGAGUAAUAUCUAACACAUACCGAGACGUCAGCCAUAGAAUAUAGCAGUUCACUGAAAAAUAGAAAUCUGUUCGAUGCCCUGUUUUGAAUAAAAUAGUGUGAUAUGUUUCAAGUCUAUUUUAAUGAAUUUCUGUCUCUUAACGAGUAAUUUACAUUAGCGGUUGAUAUAAAUGAAAAAGUGUCCAAACAGUCCUAUAGAGAGGGUACAUUGAAUAAAAUAUAAAUAUUGUACGAAGAAGAGAACAAGUCAAAAGAUGAGUUGAACAUUUAGAAUGCUUGUGAUGGAGGUGUUCGUAUUGUUAGUUAAUAAGGUUAGAUAUAUUCAGGCCAAAUUAUAGCUCUCAUCAUUAAACUAAGAAAUUUAAAAUAUAGGCUUUUGCAGCCAUGCGUAGACCGAGAUAUUCGAAUUUUAGGAUAUUUACACCAUAUGAGACGUACUCAUAAAUCAAAAUUUUAUCAGAUUUUUUUCUUUUUUCAUCAUGGUUGGAUAGAGCUCGUCGAAUUAUACAAGAAAAAGUAUGUUUCAAAUUCAAAACAAUUUUUACGAAAAUCAAAAUUCUGAGUCUAUUUUCCCAUAUAUCUGAAAAUAAUGUUAUCUUGAACUUUUUCGUGAAAUAUUUGUUUAUUUAAUUUGAACCAUACUUAUUCUUAUAUAACUUGACCAGUUCUAUCCAACUAUGACGAAAAAAGAAAAAAAUUCUGCUAAAAUUUUGAUUUAUGAGAACGUUUCAUAUGGUGUAAAUAUUCUAAAAUUCGAAUAUCUCGGUCUAGGCAUGGCAACAGAAGCCUAUAUUUUAAAUUUCUUCGUUUAAUGAUGAGAGCUGUAAAUUGGUCCGAAUAUAUCUAACCUUAUUAACUAAUAAUACGAACAAAUCGAUUGCUAGUCAAAACAUAACCAUUUUAAUGCGUUACAUGACGCAUAUUUUAAUGCCUCAGAUGAAAAGCAUUUUUUGGAUUUUUUUGUGGCCGUUUUACAUCAUUAUAAUAAUUACCAUUUACAGGCAUUUUAAUGCCAUUUUACCACUUUUAUCCUUGUCGGGGUAUUGAUCUCGAAAUCGAUCAGAAUGAAGAAGAAAUAUUUACUGUAUAGGAACUAAUGACCAUUUCAGAGUUAAAUGGCCGUUGGCAUUUUUUGAAUAAAUUUGAAACAGAAAAGAGCAAUAACCAGAUUUUUUUGUACUAUCUAGAGUCGACAUUCCUCUAUCUUUUUACGAAGUUGAUGGAAAAUUGCAGUCGCUUGUCUCUGUAGAUAAGUCAUGAGUUUUGAAGAUGAGCUUAAUUCGCUUUUGAAACAACAUACCUUCUAAACUGUAAUAUAAUGGGCAGCUAGCCUAACUUCCCCUCUAUCGAUCCACGUAAGACCGAGAUCGAUAUCUGUUUGGAUUCAAAAGAUAUAAAGAUUUUUCUUAAGGCUACUCACGAAACUUUUCCAAAAUCUUAGCAGCUAACUCAUAUUGCCUAAUAUCAGUUUUUAGUGAUCUUCGUCUUCGUGACA